AAGCCGUCCGGAACAUGGCCGCCGCCGCCGCUGCCGCGCCAAGCGGAGGAGGAGGAGGAGGCGAGGAGGAGAGACUGGAAGAAAAGUCAGAAGACCAGGAUCUCCAGGGCCUCAAGGACAAACCCCUGAAGUUUAAAAAGGUGAAGAAAGAUAAGAAAGAAGACAAAGAGGGCAAGCAUGAGCCCCUGCAGCCGUCAGCCCAUCAUUCUGCUGAGCCAGCAGAAGCAGGCAAAGCGGAGACCUCAGAAGGGUCAGGCUCAGCCCCGGCAGUCCCAGAAGCUUCUGCCUCCCCCAAACAGCGGCCGUCUAUCAUUCGUGACCGGGGACCCAUGUAUGAUGACCCCACUCUGCCUGAAGGUUGGACCCGGAAGCUUAAGCAAAGGAAAUCUGGCCGCUCCGCUGGGAAGUAUGAUGUGUAUUUGAUCAAUCCCCAGGGAAAAGCCUUUCGAUCUAAAGUGGAGUUGAUUGCAUACUUCGAAACUCCAGGAACUGGCAGAGGUCGGGGACGCCCCAAAGGGAGUGGCACCACGAGACCCAAGGCAGCAGCAUCAGAGGGCGUGCAGGUGAAAAGGGUCCUGGAGAAAAGUCCCGGGAAGCUGCUCGUCAAGAUGCCUUUUCAAACUUCACCAGGGAGCAAGGCUGAAGGGGCUGGGGCCACCACAUCAGCCCAAGUCAUGGUUAUCAAACGCCCUGGCAGGAAGCGAAAAGCCGAGGCCGACCCCCAGGCCAUUCCCAAGAAACGGGGCCGAAAGCCAGGCAGUGUGGUGGCAGCUGCUGCUGCUGAGGCCAAGAAGAAAGCCGUGAAGGAAUCAUCCAUUCGGUCUGUGCAAGAGACCGUGCUCCCCAUCAAAAAGCGUAAGACCCGGGAGACAGUCAGCAUCGAGGUGAAGGAGGUGGUGAAGCCUCUGCUGGUGUCCACCCUUGGUGAAAAGAGUGGGAAGGGACUGAAGACCUGCAAGAGCCCUGGGCGGAAAAGUAAGGAGAGCAGCCCUAAGGGGCGCAGCAGCAGUGCCUCCUCGCCCCCCAAGAAGGAGCACCACCACCACCACCACCACUCAGAGCCCCCGAAGGCACCCACACCGCUGCUCCCGCCCCCACCCCCGCCCCCACCUGAGCCCCAAAGCUCCGAGGACCCUGCCAGCCCCCCUGAGCCCCAGGACUUGAGCAGCAGCAUCUGCAAAGAAGAGAAGAUGCAGAGAGGAGGCUCGCUGGAGAGCGACGGCUGCCCCAAGGAGCCAACUAAGACUCAGCCUACGGUUGUGACCACCACCGCGGCCGCAGAAAAGUACAAACACCGAGGGGAGGGAGAGCGCAAAGACAUUGUUUCAUCCUCCAUGCCAAGGCCAAACAGAGAGGAGCCUGUGGACAGUCGGACGCCCGUGACCGAGAGAGUUAGCUGACUUUACACAGAGCGGAUUGCAAAGCAAACCAACAAGAAUAAAGGCAGCUGUUGUCUCUUCUCCUUAUGGGUAGGGCUCUGACAAAGCUUCCCGAUUAACUGAAAUAAAAAAUAUUUUUUUUUC